AGUUUUUCUUUCCGCGAAAGUGCGAAACCAACCAAGCAAACGACUCUCUCUCUCUCUCUCUCUCUCUCUCUCUCUCUCUCUCUCUCUCUCUCUCGUGUUUGAUUCGAAGAUCAUUGUGACCAUGGAGGACGAAUCAGGAAACGAAGGAGACGGAUACACAAUGAGCGAUUCACCGCUUGCACGAUGGAGAAUCGAAUUCUCGAAAUCGUUUCAGAAUCACCUCGACAGAUCGGCUCCACACCUCGUUCGAAGAUGGCUAGUAACGUUAAUCGCCGCCGUGAUCUACAUCUACAGAGUUUACUACGCUUACGGAUUCUUCGUCGUCUCGUAUGGUCUCGCGACUUACAUCUUAAACCUCUUGAUCGGUUUCCUCUCUCCCAAAGUCGAUCCAGAGCUCGAAGCCUUGGAUCCUGCUUCGGCUUCUUCUGAGUCUAGUAAAGAUUCUGAUGAGUUCAAGCCGUUUGUUCGUCGUCUUCCUGAGUUCAAGUUCUGGUAUGCAGCUACUAAGGCUUUUGUUGUAGCGUUUGUGAUGACCUUCUUCUCGUUCUUGGAUGUGCCUGUGUUCUGGCCCAUCUUGCUUUGCUACUGGUUGUUUCUUUAUUUUCUCACUAUGAAACGACAAAUCGUGCACAUGGUCAAGUACAGAUACGUUCCUUUCGAUUUUAGAAAGAAGAGGUAUGGUGGAAAUGAUAAGCCUAGUAGCAGCAAUUCACCUCAAGGAGAUGAAAAUACGGCUCAGACGUGAAGCUGAGUAGAUUGUUAUAGCAUACUGUGGUGUAAAAGGAAAAACAAUGUUCUUGAUACUUAACAGAACUGAGAAAGCUAUCUUAUGUUUGAGUUAUGUUAUGUUUGACAGCUUCCAAUAUCUUCUUGCAAUGCAGACGCCAAAUCACUGAUCUGAAUUGCCUGAGAGAAGCGGAUAAUAUGCCAUCUUACUCAGAACACACUAUAGAUUCUAGAGUUUACUUGCUUUGUACACUGUGAUUCUGUGAACUUUGUCACUAAGUCUUUAAUAGUGCUCAUGGAUUUGUUCAGUAUGUAAAUGUUAUGAUAGUUGAUCGGAACUGAAUGUAACUUCUCCUUUAUUGAAUGGAUCAGAACGAAAUACAAGAUGCUUAAAGAGUAUCAAACGACCGCUUAGUUUCUUUCUCCCACUUAGUUUUUUCUUCUUCUUAUAUUCUGUCCUUUCUCUGAUUCUUUUGAAAGAAGUGAUCAAAUAGCGGACUCCUCAAAUAGCACAGCUGUACAAAAAAGAGAGAUAUGGGUAUGUUUAAAUGUCCACUUGAACCCACUAAUAACACACAAAGAAUUGGCCUAUCAGAUGGCCCACAUGAAUAAUUCUGUUUCUUUCUUCCUCCCACAUCGGUAAGAAUGGAAGCUAACGAACUGUUUUUAUAUCUCUGGAGUCACAAACAUGAUUGUCCCUUCGGGGACAUCCGAUAAAAUUGGAACGAUACAGAGAAGAUUAGCAUGGCCCCUGCGCAAGGAUGACACGCACAAAUCGAGAAAUGGUCCAAAUUUUU